AACACUAGUUAGCAAACUUUCCCUUCCUAUUGCCAACUUAUCUCUUUGAAGAGGCAGAAAUGGCUCGCGUUGAAGGAUCUCCAGGAAGCUCCAUGCAUGGAGUCACUGGAAGGGAGCCCGCUUUUGCCCUGUCAGUUGCUUCACCAAUGGUCCCAACUGACACAACCGCUCACUUUGACUUGCCUGUGGAUUCUGAGCACAAAGCCAAAGUCUUCAAGCUUUUCUCUUUUGCCAACCCUCACAUGAGAACCUUUCACUUAUCUUGGAUCUCCUUCUUCACUUGUUUUAUCUCCACCUUUGCUGCUGCACCCCUUGUUCCCAUUAUUCGUGACAACCUCAAUUUAACUAAACAAGACAUCGGUAAUGCUGGUGUUGCUUCUGUUUCUGGCAGUAUAUUCUCUAGGCUUGUGAUGGGUGCAGUUUGUGACCUACUGGGGCCUCGUUACGGAUGCGCGUUUCUGAUUAUGCUAUCUGCUCCAACUGUCUUUUGCAUGUCAUUUGUUUCGACUGCCGGUGGUUACAUUGCGGUCCGGUUCAUGAUCGGAUUCUCGCUCGCAACAUUUGUGUCUUGCCAGUAUUGGAUGAGCACAAUGUUUAACAGCAAGAUUAUCGGUCUUGUCAAUGGAACUGCCGCCGGAUGGGGUAACAUGGGAGGAGGUGCCACUCAACUUCUAAUGCCCUUAGUUUACGACAUUAUUCGACAAGCCGGUGCUACGCCGUACACUGCUUGGAGAAUUGCCUUCUUCAUACCCGGGUCAUUUCACAUCAUCAUGGGCAUCUUGGUCCUAACCCUUGGACAAGACUUGCCUGAUGGGAACCUUAGCACCUUGCAGAAGAAGGGUGAUGUCGCGAAAGAUAAAUUUUCCAAGGUGUUGUGGUAUGCUGUUACAAAUUACAGGACCUGGAUCUUUGUCCUCCUAUAUGGCUACUCCAUGGGAGUUGAAUUGUCCACUGAUAAUGUUGUUGCCGAGUACUUCUACGAUAGGUUUAAUCUCAAACUCCGCACAGCGGGAACUAUCGCUGCUACCUUUGGGAUGGCAAACCUUCUUGCUCGGCCCUUUGGUGGUUAUGCUUCCGACGUAGCAGCUCGAUACUUUGGGAUGAGGGGCAGGUUAUGGGUGUUGUGGAUCCUCCAAACCUUUGGAGGUGUUUGCUGUAUCUGGCUCGGACGGUCCAAUUCACUUCCGAUUGCUAUCUUAUCAAUGAUUCUUUUCUCCGUUGGAGCUCAGGCAGCAUGUGGUGCCACUUUUGGAAUUAUCCCAUUCAUAUCGCGACGAUCGUUGGGGAUAAUUUCAGGCAUGACAGGAGCAGGAGGGAACUUUGGAUCAGGAUUGACACAGCUAAUAUUCUUCUCAACUACAAGAUUCUCCACAGCACAGGGUCUUACUUGGAUGGGAGUCAUGAUUGUGGCCUGCACCCUUCCUGUGACAUUAGUUCACUUCCCACAGUGGGGGAGCAUGUUCCUUCCUCCUUCAAAGGAUGUGGUAAAGGGCACUGAAGAGAGCUACUAUAGUUCUGAAUGGAAUGAGGAUGAGAAGAAGAGAGGGUUGCAUCAGGGAAGUCUCAAGUUCGCAGAGAACAGCCGGUCCGAACGCGGCAGGAAGGUUGCAUCGGCUCCUACUCCGCCAAAUUCCACACCAGAAUCAAGGGCAUGAUAUGCACGUUCAACUCAGUAUAAUCAAGAUAAAGCUUAUGAUAUUCUAUAAUUGUAGUUGUGGAACGCUUUUGUAAUGUGUUUUAAGAAAAACAGUUGUCUACCAUAAAGAUGAAAUAGAAUGUGAUUGCACCCAGGCCAUAAGAAAUA